GCCGCGCGUUUCUACAGCAAAACGUACCUACGCAGGGGCUCAACAACUUCCCCCUCAAAAGCGAUUUCAUGAAGGAUUUCCAGAGUUUGCCCCCUCUGGUGAAGGAUCCGCAUGUGGAUCAUUCAUGGCCACCGUUCCGCGACUUCAUGAACAAGUGGGGCUAGCACAUUGUGUAUGUAGCUUACACUGGAGCAGUGUAGCCGAGUACAAUUACAAUCAGAAUGCCAUGAAGAUUAAGGCGUGCGUGAAGGCCGAGGGAAUCAAGGGCCAGGGCGCGUUGGGAGCCUGCGCCGGCUUCAGCGAAGCCGAGAGACGGGCCGCAUCGAAGCUCACCACCACCGACACGAAGCGGGUGAAGGGUGGCAGCGUGGCUACACGCAGCAAAUUGGCCAGCGGGCCCGCCACUCAAGCGCUUCUGCAGGAGUUUCUGAGCCAAGACUCUGUGGACGAUCAGCCCGUGCGAUACGAAUACCUUCCGGUCUGGGAUUUUCUACUCGGCCGCUCGGCCAGCAACAGCGAUAACGCAAAGAGGGCUUACGCACUGCAGGCGUACUACGAGGGGUGGAAGGCGUACUCUUGCCCACUGGUGGUAACAACAGGCCAAACCAACAACAACGCACAGAUGAUGGUGGCAGAGUACACGCAAGACAAGCGAGCUACGGGAUACUACUUGUGCAUCCGUCGCUGCAAUGGCUGCCACCAGUACAACGAAGACUGCCACUACGAUUACGGCUCAUUGUGCUGCCGCUCUUACGGCCCGUCUGUGCUGAAACGCGACUGGAGCAUAGGGUUCGUGACUCGCGCCACGGACUCGGGUUGGUGCGACUAUGACAAUGGGUGCUCCUUCCAGGCAGACAUCGGCCCCUUCCAGGCCGACAUCGGAUGCAUUUGCGAUAAGAGCAAUGAAGAAAACGGAUGCAACUACGACUACCCUCUCAACCCCUCGAACGCCAAUUGGCUCAAGUACAAGAUCAUCUGGAACCAGCACGACUUGAGCCUCAACACCGAUGACACUCCUGCUUCCAUCGCCGAGGCUUAGAUCGAUGUAUCAACUGUCUACCUUGUCGAUCAAAUGAGUUGAUGAAACAUACGACAUAGAACAUGAUUCAGUGCUUGGCUGUCUCUUUACAUUCGGCAGUUAUUUCCUUUUCU